AUAAAUAAAUAAAUGAGAGAAACAAAAUUAAAAAAUAACUCGGAGAAUUAAUCAUCGCGCAACAUAAUCCGUUCGUUCGGUGGUGGAGAUCGGAGGGCGGAGGAUGGCGAGGACGGGGGUGUUCGAAUCGGACCCGACGGAGAUGGUGAAGGCGAAGGAACUGAAGAAGGAGAUGCAGAAGCUGGUGAGAAUCAUUCUCGAGGAUGAAGGAGACGACGAUUUGGGGGUUCAGACAAUCGAUCAGUUGCAGGUUGCUUUGUCGGAUUUGAAGGAGAUGACGGUGAGGAAGAAGAUGGGUAAGUCUUCCUCUCUCGACAUGCUCGAAACUGUGUCGUUUCCUGAGGAGUUCCUUUGCCCUCUCUCCAGCGAGCUCAUGCGGGAUCCCGUUGUUUUGGUCUCCGGUCAGACAUUCGACAGACCAUUCAUCCAGAAGUGGCUGAGUUCCGGGAACAGGACGUGUCCGAAGACUCAACAAGUUCUGUCCCACACAGGCUUAACCCCAAAUGUCCUAAUCGGGGAAAUGAUCUCCAAAUGGUGCCAGAACGUUGGGAUAGAUUCGUCGAAUCUCAUUCAUCCCCACCUUGUCAACCAAGAAGAAGCCGUCACAAGAUCUGAUCGCCAGAUUUUCCAGUCCUUGCUCGCUAAAAUCUCGUCUCCAGACCUUUCUGAUAAAAAAUCGGCUGCCAAGGAACUACGUCUCCUGACGAAGCGUGGACCGGAGUUCCGAGCGCUUUUCGGUGAUUCUCCUGUCGAAAUAACCCGCUUGCUUAGUCCGUUGAAGGGCCCGAAUCCUAACCCUGAUGAGCAGCUUCAAGAGGAUGUGAUCACGACGUUGCUGAACAUAUCCAUACAUGACAACAACAAGAUACUUGUUUGCGAAAACCCUAAUGCGAUUCCUCUGCUGAUGGAUUCACUGAGGCGUGGAACGAUUGCAACGAGAAGCAAUGCAGCUGCGGCAAUCUUCACUCUCUCAGCCCUCGAUUCAAACAAAAUCGUCAUAGGGAAAUCUGGAGCCCUGAAGCCGUUGGUCAAUCUCUUAGAAGAAGGGCAUCCAAUGGCUACCAAAGACGUUGCAGCGGCAAUCUUCAACCUGUGUAUUGCACACGAGAACAGGGCAAGGGCCGUGAGGGAAGGAGCAGUUAGGGUUAUAGGUAGGAAGAUUUCAGAUGGGUUGUACGUGGAUGAGCUUUUGGCGAUACUCGCAAUGCUCGUCAGCCAUUGGAAGGCGGUCGAGGAAUUGAGUGAGCUCGAGGCUGUUUCUUGGCUUCUGAAGAUAAUAAGGGAGAGCAAGUGCGAGAGGAACAAAGAGAACGCGGUCGCUAUACUGCACUCCAUAUGUUUCAGUGACAGGACAAAGUGGAAGGAGAUAAGGGAAGAGGAGAAAGAUCACGGGACGAUGACGAAACUUGCGCGUGAAGGUACCUCUAGGGCGCAGAGGAAAGCCAAUGGCAUCCUGGGCAGAGUGAGAAGGGCCGUGAAUCUCACUCACACCGCAUAAGAAGAAAUGCAUUUUCCGGCCAACCCUAAGUUCGCAAUGUAAAUUCCCUCGAUCUUGCUCUUGUUGAAUUCCGGUUUCUCUUGUGGGUUCUUAGAUCUUCUUCUUUUGUGUGUGUAAAUUCUCAUAUCUUUAGGAUCUGGAUAGUUUUUUUCUUUGAAUAUUUUGGUGUAAUAAAAGAAGCCUUUGGUGUCAGUAAUCAAAUCACGUCCUCCUUCGAGCUUCCA